ACCAUCCCUUGGAGGGUCACAAGUAAAGAGCUCUGAGAUAAAGCACAGAGAGAGAAAGAUAAUGAUAUCUGGAGAAGAAACUAAAGAACUGAUACUCAACAUUAAAGACAGAGGAAGAACAAGCAUCCUGAAGAAGACAUCACAUCAACACUGAUGAGUAAAUUAACAAAGGAAUGGAUAACUGACAUCAACAGAGGAAUGCAAGAACUCAGAGGAAGUCCAGUUCACACCAGCUUUCUGCUCAUCCAUCACACAUGCCUGUUGUUGCUCACUUCCUUUAUUCAACUUACUUCAUCGUAUCAGUAGCCGGGAACAGACAGGAGCAGGUGGCACCAUGCCCACUCCGGUCAAGUCGUCUCUAGAUGGUGUGACGUGUGACUCGGGGGAGCUGGAGCAGGUAGAGCGGGCAGAUCCAGCAGGUUUGGGGAAAGUGCCCAGAGACUUGGUGAGAAACUUCCCACAUACUAAACGUGUAGGCAGCUACCUGGUGGGCAAAAUGAUCAACAAGGGCUCUUUUGCUAAGGUGAUGGAGGGCAUGCAUAUCAGUACAGGAGAGAAGGUGGCCAUUAAGGUAAUCGAUAAGAAGAAGGCACGGCAGGAUGCAUACGUGUUGAAAAAUAUGAAACGCGAGCCGAAGAUCCACCAGAUGAUCCGUCACCCUAACAUCGUCCUUCUGCUGGAGACCCUGGAGACUGAGAACUGCUACUACAUGGCUAUGGAGCUGUGUGCUGGAGGAGACCUGAUGGACAGAAUCUGUGAACGCAAACGUCUGGAAGAGAGGGAGGUCCGCAGAUACACACGGCAGAUCCUGUCUGCUGUUGAUCAUCUGCAUACACACGGGAUAGUGCACAGGGAUCUGAAAAUUGAGAACUUUCUCCUGGAUGAACAUAACAACAUUAAGAUAGUUGACUUCGGUCUUAGUAACACUCUGAAGCUCGACUCUCUCGCUCCGGAUCUGUUAAACACUCAGUGUGGAAGUCCUGCGUAUGCUGCCCCAGAGCUCCUUGCACACAGGAAGUAUGGCCCUAAAGUGGACGUAUGGUCUGUGGGUGUGAGUAUGUUUGCCAUGAUCACCGGUACUCUUCCCUUCACCGUAGAGCCAUUCAACAUAAAGCAACUUCAUCAGAAAAUGAUUAAUGGAGAAAUCAACACAAUCCCAUCUGACAUUAGUAAAGGGGCGGUGCAGUUUGUUUUGUCUCUGUUGGAGCCGGACCCGGCGAAGAGACCGAGUGUGAAAGCAGCACUGGAGGAGAGCUGGCUUAAUGAGGGCUACACCAUGAGACCCUUACACACUCUGGUCUAUAAGAACAGACUGCAUCCAGAAGAGCUCAACUCAGCUGUGUUGAACUACAUGACAGAGGCUCUUGGCUAUGGCCUCUCAGACAUCAUACACACAGUCAUCAACAACAAACCGUCCACCAUCUUAUCUACCUACCAACUCCUGCUAAAAAAACUGAACAGGCACCAGAAAGCAUCCAAGAACAUGAAGAAGUUGGAAUCCGGUGAGUGGAACCUACGAAAUAAGCUUGGAUGGAAUGAGCGGAGCAACACAUCAGAGAGGAGUCAGCAACAGAAAAUUGAGACGAGAAAUGACAGGAGCCAGAGGCAGUCAAGUAAGACACAGAGGAUUCCAUCACAAGAGAGAGAUUCCCUGAGGAGGCCAGAGGAGGUGAUCAGACAGAAGCAGUCAAGCUCAGAGCAAAGAACAUCUACCCCUACCAAUCAGCCUGCAGACAUCUUUACCAACAAUGAUGCAAUCAACACAGAGACAAGAGAAAGCCUGUUUCCUGAAGUGCUUGGUGAGAGGGAACUGGUGCAUGCAUCACCCCCCAAAUGCCCCUGCAGGGAUGGAAGCAGCUCAAAGCUUUGUAACUGCACUUCUUGUGAUGUUCCAAUCAUUUUGGAAAGUAAAAAAGACUCCAGCAAAGCAUCAACCAAAGAUCACGACCUGAGACCAACACACUCUGAGAACUGUUCAAGAGAAGAUCCUGCACACCGGCAUGAUGACAAAUUGGAAAAGAUACAGAUGUUCUACACCGAGAAAGCGGUAUCACCCAGAAUGCAUCUAGACAGUAAAGCAGGUCAGCGUUUUAAAGACCUCUUACUGGCCAUUGAGGAAAAGACCCACACUACCCGUCACCUGAGCACAAUGGAAUCAGCUUUACAAACUGCCCCAUUACCGCGAUUACGUCACAGAACUCUCAAAGACAUCUCACCAAGAAAAGUGGUGUGGGCGGGGCUUAAACAUCACACUGGGCCAUCUACAGGCUCCUCACCUUUUCUGGUAAAUGGUUCAAAACCACCAGUGUUUUUGUCUCAGAGGCAGCAGGCUCUGGUUAUCAAGAGUCUGAGGCAUACAAAAGAAAAGAGGAACACACUACCAGGGGGAGGAAGGACGAUGGGCAUCACAGAAAACACAGUAAAAACUCAGCACUUUGGGCCAUUAAGGACCAAUCAGCGCCGGGACACAGACCUAAACCUGCCCAUGCUCCCUUCCAACUUCCAGACCAAGGAAAAGAAAACCGAAUUUCUCAGAUUGGAUUUUGGAUGAAAGGGUGUCGGGAGGUGGAGUAAAGGAGACAAUGUAAAAAUAAAAUAAUUACAUUAAGCACUAAUUCCAUUUCCAGUGAUGGAAAUAUAUAUGUAUACAAAUUUUAAAAAAGGACUUUUUGUGUAUCUCAUAAGUAAAAUUUAUAUUUUUUGUACAUUUGUACACUGAUCUUUUCAGUCCUGUGGGAUGCAUAUGCUUGCACCUUCUGUUAUAUUCUUUUUGGUUACAUAGAAAGCCUGAUGAGUUAUUAAAAGCUCUUAGCAAAAUCUAUUUUUUAGAUAAGGGACAAUUUAAAUGCAAAGGGGUACAACAUUUCUGAGAACCAAACCUGCAAAUUACAUUUAUGGCAUUUGGCAGAAACCCUUAUCCAGGGUGACUUACAUUUAUCUCAUACAACUGAGCAAUUGAGGGUUAAGGUCCAUGCUCAGGGGCACAACAGGAGAGUUUGCGAUAGGUCCUGGAAUAGGAACUAACAACCUUCCGAUCAGCAGUCCAACACCUGGGGUCAUACUUUGCAAAAUUUGCUUUAAUUUAUGCCUGGCCAUAUUUUUCCUAAUAACCUCAGGCAUGGUUUAACACUUUAACAGGCAUAUCAAUGUUUCUAAAGCACCCACUUUAGACUUAUAGCUCUGGAUAAAGUCAAAAAAUGUGUCUGGUGUAUUGGUAUACAGGUUAAAAAAAUGACAGACAUUUUCUUUGGGUUUUCUGUGAGGGGACACCACCAGCAGCAAAAUAUAGACACCAUAUCCAGAACAUAUCCAAAGGCAGCUGUUAUUAAGUAGGUAGUAAAUUGAAGUGGUGCUAGCAUAUUGUCAGUGUUAUAAAGACUAUUCAGCAAAGAGCAUGUUAGCAAUGUAGCAGAUGCCUCCAUUUUUUUAGAAGCUUGGUAACCAAGCUUGAGCAAGGCUUGGGAUCAGUACAUUUUCACUAAUUGUGGCCAGGGAAAACUGCAUCAAAAGUAAGUUAAUGAGCAACAGUCUUAAACACUGUUGCUUCUGUAACACACAGAUGCCAAAGUGAAAAAGAGAAUGUACUAGCAACAUCCAAUUAGGACAUAAGCUCAUUUGCUACGCUAAGAUUAUAAAGACAGGCAAUUAAACCUCUCAUCAUCCCCCCUCUUCUCUUUGUCUCUCAAUGCAAUCAUUUAUCCUUAAGCCAAUGUAACUCUAUUUAAGCUUUAUUGUCUGCUCAGGGUCUGAUUGAUGCCCAUUGUGCUUUUAAGCCUGUAUCAUGUUGCUGUUUAUGAAUGAGCAUCGCUGAAUGAAAUCAAUCAGUUGUGCCAAAGGAUGACGUACUAAUUGUUAUUCCAAGACCUUGGAUAAUAAACAAGAUUUGAAAUUAAGUAUGCUAUUGAGUGCAUGGGUAUUCACUGUUCUGAAAGCCAACCCCCUUUUUUUCCUUUGGCAGACAUUUUGUCCUUUUUGAAUUUUGGGGUUUUAGAUGAUAAUAAGGAUUCUGUCACAGAUUAUACAGGAGUGGGAUGGUAUACAGUAAUAAAGGAAAUGUGACAGGUAUGGAGUUGUAAAUAAAGCUUAAUUACUUUUAAAGAACAGGCAAAGACCUAAUCAGUAUUAUUUCUAGUUUGUUCUACAUUAUAUAGUCUUAAUGAGGCAGUAUACUAGGAACUUGACUGGCCUGGACAAAGUCCUGACCUCAACCCGAUAGAAAACCUUUGGGAUGAAUUAGAGUGGAGACUGUAAGCCAGACCUUCUCGUCCAACAUUGCCUGACCUCACAAAUGGGCUUCUAGAGGAAUGGUCAAAAAUUCCCAUAAACACACUCCUAAAUCUUGUAGAAAGCCUUCCCAGAAGAGUUGAAGCUGUUAUAGCUGCAAAGGCCGGGCCACCUCAAUAUUGCAUUCAUGUGCAUGUAAAGGCAGGUGUCCCAAAACUUUCGGCAAUAUAGUGUAUUCU